UUUCAGGCUAAGUCAUGUCUAUUUUGGAGAGUCUUGCAAUAGCUUAUUCUAAGAUCAGGACUUGGCUCUUUGUUGUGGUGGUGAAGUUUGCAAGCCUACAUUACUACUUUCCAGUCCAGGUGUGCAAAGUCAUGAAGAUGUAAGGAAUGAUAUUACUCAAGAUUUGAUUUACAGCGCUUCUGAAGACAGUAAUAUGGGCUCCAGGUUUUUCCAUGCAAGAAAAAAAAGUAACUUUUUGUUAGUGGGAAGUGAUGAUAGCCAUUGCAGACUAUCGAUGAGACAGACUAAACCUAGCAAAGCAGCGUGUGUGACUGAUUUCUCUUCUCACGUAGGCCAGUACAAACUGAAAAUACUCCAUGUGACACCGAUGCCAUUAAUCCUGGUUAACGGAAAUAAAAUGAGAGUAUAACUGGAUGUAUUCUGUUUAAAGACAAGAUACUGAAAUAAGCAGCUGAUGCACAUACUUGAGUCUUUUCCUGACUGAUAACUAUGGAACAUACAAGCUUUAUAUAUGAUCUAUUUUCUCUGCAUGCCUCCUGUUACUAUUAAGCAUCAAAUAUACAUGAAGUUUAUUCUUAACUCCUUAUGGAGAAAUAGAGUAGUAUGAUAGUUUUAUUCUUGUUUUACAGAUGCAGAAUUGAAGAAUAAAAAAACUUGCACAAUUUGUUGUAAGGCUAAACAUAAGUCUUUAGUAAAGGGGCAAGACCAGAAAUAGAAACCAAAUCUCUGCUUUUGCAGCAAAUGGAAAGUUAAUGGUCUCAGUCCUUCUGCCUUCCAAAUCACACUGAGCUGGGGGGGCAGGUGGGAGCACACUGGCACUGCUGUAAUGUUUCAGAUCGCGUAAAGAUACAGUCUGUGGGUUCUACAUGCUGAGAUUGGCCUGUCUGCUGCAGUCAGUGUUUCUGUUUUGAAACUUCAUUUACCACAGCAGAAACCACACUAGGAGGAGGGAAAUUUGUAAAAAAAAAAAAAAAAAAAAAAAAUCGACAAAAAAACAUCUUUUCAUGCUAUUAGUUUAAAAAUAAUGUAACAGACAAAUGCAUGACUUUUGCUACUUUAAAAUGUGCUCAAGGAAUAUAAAUGUUUUUGUGCAAGGAUAGAAAAAUGUCAAAAGACACAGGCAAACAAAAAACUAUUUGGAAAAACAGUGGAUGUAAUUUCCCUUGUCUGUGAUGAACUGGCUGCCUCCAGUCAGUUCAGCUUAGUGACUAUGGAUUAGCCUGAUAAGCAGUACAGAUUUUAAAAACUUUUAAAGAAAAAAGGUGUGAAAAGUGAGCUGUCAGGGAUGUUUUUAGCUAUCCUGCCCCUGAUUCAGCAGUACCCCUGCCAAAUUUAUUCCUAUACAGCAUGAAGCCAGAUUUAUCAGCUAUUAUAAGAAAGCCUGUCAGAAUGGGGCUGACAGUGACCUUAAGAGAUCACCCAGUCUGUCCCACUGGCCGAAUCAGCUAAAUAAGUGUAAUUUCUGGUAGAUGUUUCUCUUAUCUGUUCUUUGAAAGAUCCAGCAGCCCUCCCAGGUGACCCGUCCUCAUGUGUCACUCCUCUUCCCACAAGGCGUUACUCCCAAUGCCUCCUUUCUGGCUGAAACUGAGCUCCGUUCCUUUUCUUCCUUGUUCAUGGUGGACAUGGAGGAUAGAUUAUCUUUCUCGGGUAAAGAUUUACAAUGAUUAUAUUUUACUGUUUGGCUCAAAGACAGCUAGAAGUCAGCAAGUUAAUCAGGAAAACGGUGGUGACUUUAACUUACAAAAGCAGCUAUACGUUGCAUGCACAGGAGGAUGAACACUAUUACUCUAGUAAUAGUGAAGUAUACUACAAAAACCCCUUAAGGUCUGCUUAAGGAAGUAACAACGGUCAAGGACUAUUAAUUCAGACAGUUUCCCACCGUUUGUGUUAAUAUGCUUUAUUUCCCCCUUUCUUUGUCUCUCUUUUGUAUCUUAAGAACUAGAAUGGCAUCCCUGGAGGAAGAGCUUAAAGGGGUUUGAAAAGUCUUGAAGAGCCACAGAUUCACUUUUUCUCUUCCCCAUUAUGCUCUUGUGGCCACUUGCAGUGAGAAGCUCCUUGCCAGCAGCUGCAGCGUCAGGGCUGGUCUCGGUGUUGCUCCAUGGGUGCAUCUCUCGUGGCAGGAGGUGCUGGAGAUUGAAUCACAACUUGGAGCUUGGGAUUCUGCCCCUGGGCCCAUGGACAAGCAAUUUAGCAAUAGUUGUGUUGUUCUUUGCCCAACCCUAGGAAUGUCCAUUUUGAAUCUAUAAACAUGAAGAAUGUCCUUCACUGGUCAGCACCAGAAGGCACAGGAGAUGGAGUACUCUACAAAGUGAAGUAUUCAGUAUACGGUGUUGGUAAAUGGAUUCGAAAGCCAGAAUGCAGGAAUAUCAACAGAACGUGGUGUGACCUCUCCAGUGAGACCUCUGACUAUGAAGAACAAUAUUAUGCGAGUGUUAAAGCCUUCUUAAAUGGGAUGUGCUCUGACUGGAUGGAGACCACACGAUUCAACCCUCUUACAGACACUAAAAUUGAUCCACCAAUGAUAAAUGUAUCUUCUACUGAGAAAUCGAUUUCAAUCAUUCUGACUGCUCCUGAGAAGUGGAAGAGAAGUCCUGAGGGAGAAUCCGUAUCUCUGCUUCAGGUAUAUCCUGGCUUGCAAUACAACGUGUCUGUCCUCAACAAGAAAACAAAGAAGCGGUGGUGGUUCUCCAUUAGCAACAAUACCUUGGUUGUGCCCUGGUUAGAACCUGGAACAGCUUAUUGUGUCAGUGCACAGAUACAUGUCAGCACACCACUUUUGCACAGUGGGUUCUCCAAAGAAUAUUGUAUUGCUACCUUGAAAGAUAAAACAGCAGAUGAGACUAUAACAAUCGUAUUUGGAUGUGUUCUGCCUAUCAUAUUGGCUGUCCUUUUUAUUUCAAUGGCGUGCUAUUGUGUGCACAGGUAUAUUCACGUCAGCAAACAGAAGCAUCCAACAAACCUGGUAUGGCAUUACACUGACAAGUGCAAGGAAAGUGUUUUCAUACCAUGUGAUAAAAUAGUGGUCAACCUUAUCACUGUUAACGUGGAUGAGUACAAGCCAUCUCAGGAAUACAGUCAUCUCUCAGAACGGAAAAGUCCCCAUUAUUACACUGUUUACAAUGGCAUUGAAGGGAAUGAUUUGCCUUCAAAAGAAAUGCUGGAAACAAAACACUUGCUUGAUAUUUCACAUGAAGAGGUUUCACACAAAGAGGAUAUUUUAGCAGAAGGGGACCAAGCUGGGAACUGGCCAUCUUAUAGCCAGCCCAGAACAAAGAAUACUUUGAGACAGAAAAAUGCAUUGACUGUAGAGUAUGAGCAUGAUGUAAAGGCUGAAGACUUCAGUCCCAGUCAGAAACUAGAAGAGAAGACUUCUGUCUCCAGGGGACUACUAGGUGAGCCACAGAUUGCUUUGGAGGCCUUGGUUAAUAUGAAAACAGGACAGCCAUACUGCCCCCAACUAGAGCUGAGGGCAGCAGAACCUUGUUUGGGACAGAAAAUAGAGGAAUUUAAUUUGAAGAUGGUUGAUGGAGCAGAUGAAUUGCCAGGUGAGACCCAUAUCAACUUGGUGGACUUGGAUACUGAAAAAUCUGGGCAGAUGUCCUAUCCUCAGCUGGAAGAAAUGUCGCAGGGCCUCAUGGAGAAAGGAGGUGAAGAGACCAUAUUAGUAAAUUGGGAUCCUCACACUGGAAGACUGUAUAUUCCUACCUUGUGCAGCGUUGAAAAUCAGGUAUGUGAGGCAGUAUUCAAGUGUGAUGAUCCUGACAAAGAGGGAAUUUUGUCCAGACUGUAUGAGAAGGAGGUAUCUGAUGAAUUAUCAGAGGACCAAGAAAUGUAUCUCCUGCAAUUCAAGGAACAAUGGGGACUGCAUGUAGAAAUGGAACACUGAACAAUAAUUUUCUAAAAUAUUCUAAAAAGCAAAAUCUUGUUUACUUAGCCAAAGAGAGUGAUGGACUCAGUGGAACAAACACAUCUUAAUGUACUGAAGUUUUCAGAACCAUCACAGUUGAACAACUUAUUUUCUUUUAUUUAUAACAGUUUCCAGACGUGACGUAAGUGAUUCUGACUUCCAUCAUAAACAUUUCAGGUAAAAUAUGAUGGUUAUGAAGUUACUUUCUUUUUUAAAAAAUAUGUAUUUUUACACAGGAUGCUGUUAGGAUUUUCACACUGUUAUUCCUACAAAAAAAAAAAAAAAUAGAGUUUGAAAGCAGUUAUUUUUAGCAAAUAAAACGCAACAACAUGACCUA